AUGGACGGAGCACAAUAUCUCAAAAGCUACGGGUGGAAGCACGGCGAGGCUUUGAAGAAAGGUGGGCUUAAGAAGCCGAUUCUGAUGCGACACAAAAAGGACACCAAGGGACUUGGGCAUGCGUCCACACAACCUGCAGAUGCAUGGUGGGAGCGGGUAUUUGACGGGCAACUAAAGGGGCUAGAAGUGAGUGUGAAUGGGAAAGAGUCAGGAGAUGGCAAAGGAGGGAUUCAGUUUAAGCAGAAGGAGGUAAAGGUGAGUUCAGUACGGAAACAAGACUCGCCUCUGUACCGGAACUUUGUGUUUGGAGGGAUUCUUAAGGGAACGAUUGGGGUACGUAAGAUUGGGAAGAGCGUGGAUGAUGGAGGAAAAAAAGAAGAAGGAGAAGAUGAUGAUGAGAAUGAGAAUGAGAAGAAAAAGAAGAAAAAGGAGCCUGUUAGCAUUGUUGUGGGAGCAGAUGAACCGGCUGGACCGAAACACUUUGUGCUCAAGUUCGAUGAUAGCAGUGAUGAGGAGAGCAGUGAUGAAGAAAGUGAUAAAGAAGAAGAUGAGAGGAUAGAGAAGGGAACUAAACGAAAGCGAGAUGGUGAUAAAGACAAGAAAGACAAGAAAAAGAAGAGCAAAUCGGAUAAGAAAGAAAAGAAGGAAAAGAAAGAAAAGAAGGAAAAGAAAGAAAAGAAGGAAAAGAAAGAAAAGAAGGAAAAGAAAAGCAAAAAGGACAAAAAGGAUAAGAAAAAAGAUAAUAAAAAGAGCAAAAAGGACCCGCUAAAAGUUAAAACGGAAGGCUCGAUAGUCAGCAAAUCCAGCAAAUCCAGCAAAUCCAGCAAAUCCAGCAAACCUCCCAAAACAUAA